AUGGCAUCAAAAGAAACAGUGAAUGGAACAGCUAGCACAGAUGCUCCAAAGUCUGAAUGGGACAGAUUUUGGGAUAUAGUCACAAAGAAUCCAGAUGACUUUACAUCCUGGGAAUUCUUGAUACGACUAGCUGAAACCUCAGGUGGUGGUCUUACUGCCGACUCUCCCGAAUCCGAUAUUGUCAAUCUACGACAUUGCUACGACACAUUCCUCGCCAAAUUCCCAUUAUGUUUUGGCUACUGGAAGAAAUAUGUGGACUGGGAGAACUUGCUCAAGGGUAAAGACAAGGCUGUCGAAACUUUUGAGCGAGGGGUCCUUGCUAUACAUAAUUCGGUCGAGUUGUGGACUCAGUAUUGCCAAUUUCGGGUCGAGAAUUUCCCUGCUGAUGAAGAUAGUUGUCGAAUGCUCUUUGAACGAGCUGUGGCAUCAGUCGGUUACGAUUUCUACUCGCAUUCACUAUGGGACAAGUACAUUGAAUGGGAAGAAUCCAAAGGCCAAGUCACAAAUGUCGUCAGGAUAUUGGACAAAUUGAUCGCUAUACCCUUACACCAAUAUGCUCGAUUCUUUGAAAAAUAUUUGCAAUUCAUGGGAGCUAGACCACCAGCUGAACUGGUGCCUGCUGACCAAUUGGCAGAAUUAGAAGAACAAGUCAGACAUCCACCUGCAGGAUCAGAGCAAGCUGUGCCCAAGAACGACGAUGAAAUGCAGCUCGAACUUCGAAAGGCCAUCUACAAUCUGAAAAGUGCUGUAUACAUGAAGACCCAAGAAGAAGUGUUGAAGAGAUGGACAUUUGAAGGAGAAAUCAAACGCCCUUACUUCCAUGUCAAGCCGCUAGACGAAUCACAACUAGCAAAUUGGCGUAAAUAUUUGGACUUUGAAGAAGCUGAAGGCAACGAUGCCAGGGUCAUUAUCUUGUAUGAGAGGUGUCUGGUAGCUUGUGCACUUUAUGAUGAAUUUUGGCUUCGUUAUGCUCAUUAUAUGCUUUCAAAAAACAAUACCGAUGGAGCUCAAAAUGUCUUCUAUAGAGCUUGCUUCACUUUCAUUCCCGCCUCUCGACCACAAGCCCGUUUUGCUUAUGCAAAGUUCUUGGAAAGCCAAGGUCGUGCCAAAGAAGCUCGAGAUACCUACGAAUUGAUUUUACAAGCCACUCCUGGUCACGUCGAAUGCACUUUACGUUCCUCUCAGUUUGAAAUGCGUCAAGGUUCUUUGGAAACCGCUGUACAAAUAUUAAAAAAGGCUUGUGAAGGUGCUACCGUGGAUGAUCGUGGCAAGGCAUACUUAUCUGCACAGCUUGCCAAACUCUUGUUUGGUUCAGGUGAUAUAGAAGGAUGUAGAACAACAUUGAAAGAAGCUGUAGCCAAGUAUUCAGAAGCCAGAUUCUUGUGGAUGAGUUAUGUUGUGUUUGAAGUGAAUCAACCAGGAGCAGAAGCUCUAAAAUACGUAAGAGAAGCGUAUGAUUUAGUCAAGUCUUCCAAUCUUGCUACCCCUGACAAGCGGGAUUUAUCACUUCGUUGUCUCGAUGUCUUUCUUGAACGCUGUACAGAUAUAUCAAUCAUCAACACAAUGGAAUCUGACUUCCAAAAAUAUUCGCUACCAACAGCAGGAGGUGUUUCGGGUGCCAAGAAACGAGCAUUAGAGGACGCAGCAUCACAUCCAGCCAAAUUUGUGGCAGGUGCUGCGCCUGUUGGUGCUGGACCCCCUGUAGCUCCCGCUGGUGGAUAUGCCCAGGGUUACGCAUAUGGAGCUCCCACCACGGCAGCAUAUUGA